GUGAGGAGGUGGAGGAGGAGGAGGAGGAGGAGGUGGCGGCGAGAAGAUGGCGACUUCGAACAAUCCGCGGAAAUUCAGCGAGAAGAUCGCGCUGCACAACCAGAAGCAGGCAGAGGAGACGGCGGCCUUCGAGGAGGUCAUGAAGGACCUGAGCCUGACGCGGGCCGCGCGGCUCCAGCUCCAGAAGUCUCAGUACCUGCAGCUGGGCCCAAGCCGUGGCCAGUACUACGGUGGGUCCCUGCCUAACGUGAACCAGAUCGGGAGUGGCACCGUGGAUCUGCCCUUCCAGCCCAGCGGAUAUCUGGGGGAGGCCCUGGCAGCGGCUCCUGUCUCUCUGACACCCUUCCAGUCCUCGGGCCUGGACACCAGCCGAACCACCCGGCACCAUGGGCUGGUGGACAGAGUAUACCGAGAGCGUGGCCGGCUCGGCUCCCCACAUCGCCGGCCCUUGUCAGUGGACAAACAUGGACGUCAAGCGGACAGCUGCCCAUACGGCACCGUGUACCUCUCGCCGCCCGCGGACACCAGCUGGAGAAGGACCAAUUCUGACUCUGCCCUGCACCAGAGCACAAUGACACCCACCCAACCAGAGCCCUUUACGGGCGGGUCCCAGGAUGCACACCAGAAAAGAGUCUUACUAUUAACAGUCCCAGGAAUGGAGGAAACCACAUCGGAGACAGAUAAGAAUCUUCCCAAGCAAGCAUGGGAUACCAAGAAGACGGGGUCCAGGCCCAAGUCCUGCGAGGUCCCCGGGAUCAACAUCUUUCCAUCCGCUGACCAGGAAAACACUACAGCCCUGAUCCCCGCCACCCACAACACAGGGGGCUCCCUGCCCGACCUGACCAACAUACACUUCCCCUCCCCCCUCCCGACCCCACUGGACCCUGAGGAGCCCACCUUCCCCGCGCUCAGCAGCUCCAGCAGCACCGGCAACCUCGCGGCCAACCUGACUCAUCUGGGCAUCGGUGGCGCCAACCAGGGAAUGAGCACGCCAGGCUCCUCACCACAGCACCGUCCAGCUGGCGUCAGCCCGUUGUCCCUGAACACAGAGGCAAGGAGACAGCAGGCCCAGCAGGUGUCGCCCACCCUCUCCCAGCUGUCACCCAUCACUCAGGCUGUGGCCAUGGAUGCCCUGUCUCUGGAGCAGCAGCUGCCCUACGCCUUCUUCACCCAGGCGGGCUCCCAGCAGCCACCACCGCCACAGCCACAGCCCCCUCCACCACCACCACCUGCGUCCCAGCAGCAGCCGCCCCCGCCACCCCCACAGGUGCCCGUCGGCCUCCCCCCAGGCGGCCCCCUGAUGCCAAGCGCCAGCCUGACGCGGGGGCCCCAGCUGCCCCCGCUCGCGGUCACGGUACCGUCCUCUCUCCCCCAGUCCCCCCCAGAGAACCCGGGCCAGCCGCCAAUGGGGAUCGACAUCACCUCGGCGCCGGCUCUGCAGCAGUACCGCACUAGUGCCGGCUCCCCGGCUAACCAGUCUCCCACCUCACCUGUCUCCAAUCAAGGCUUCUCCCCCGGGAGCUCCCCGCAACACUCCUCCACCUUGGGCAGCGUGUUUGGGGACUCGUACUAUGAGCAGCAGAUGGCGGCCAGGCAGGCCAAUGCUCUGUCCCACCAGCUGGAGCAGUUCAACAUGAUGGAGAACGCCAUCAGCUCCAGCAGCCUGUACAGCCCGGGCUCGACGCUCAACUACUCGCAGGCGGCCAUGAUGGGCCUCACGGGCAGCCACGGGAGCCUGCCAGACACACAGCAGCUUGGCUACCCCAGCCAUAGCAGCAUCCCCAACAUCAUCCUCACAGUGACGGGAGAGUCCCCUCCCAGCCUCUCUAAAGAACUGACCAGCACACUGGCCGGGGUCGGUGAUGUCAGCUUCGACUCGGACAACCAGUUCCCCCUGGACGAACUCAAGAUUGACCCCCUGACCCUGGAUGGACUGCACAUGCUCAAUGACCCCGACAUGGUCCUGGCCGACCCGGCCACCGAGGACACCUUCCGGAUGGACCGUCUGUGAGCUGCACACCCGGCACACCGCCGCCCAGCCCCCGGCUCCAUCACCCCGCCGGUCAGUGGUCCCGACGGCGUCUCCCUGAGCCCAGGGACGGCCGCGCUCCGUCCUUCGCAAACGGCCGAGCUUGUGAUUCUGAGCUUGCAAUGCCGCCAAGCGCCCCCUGCCCACCCGCCCGCCCCCCAGCUGUCCACCUCCCUUGGGAGGCCGCGUGUCACCCCCGCGGAGCCUCCCUGCGCGUGCUCUCUCGCCCCCCACCCUGGGCCAUGAGCCGUCCCCCUGUAAAAUGCGGAAAGCGUGUUGGGGAGGGCCGCCGGCCUGGAGGGGGCGCUGUGGUCCACGGCGGCGGUGGGCUGAGGUGCAUUUUCCGACUGUUGUCCAGCUCUCACUGCCUUCCUUCGUUCCUGGUCCCCCGACCUGCCCGCCACCCCCAGCCCGAGGUUAGGUAGAGAGCCAGCCCCACCCUGCCAAGGGGAGAAGGCACCAGAGAGAGGGGCAGACACAAAGCGAAAUAAACACUAUUUUGACUGCUGUCUUUUA